AUGAAAAAUGAAAAGAACAAAAUUGGUGGUUGUAGAGAUAUAAUCAGCGGUUUACCAGACGCAAUGAUUUGUCACAUCUUAACCUUUCUUCCAACUAAAGAAGCCGCCUCAACUAGUGUUCUUGCCAAAAGAUGGAAGCUUUUGCUUGCUUUUGUACCAAAUCUUGAGUUUGAUGACUCCAUCCAUCUCCAUUCUCCUCCAGAAAGUAAGAGUUUUAUGGAUUUUGUGGAUAGUGUGUUGGCUUUGCAAGCGAAUGCUCCGUUGAGAAGAUUCCACCUCAAGUGUAAAAAUGUCAUCGAUGAAUAUAAGGUGUUGGAUUGGAUAACCAAAGUGUUGAAACGUGGUGUGCUAGAUAUCGAUCUAUACGUUCCGACUUCUUGGGAUGGUAUGGACUCUUUUUAUACCCUGCCACCAGGUAUCUUUGUGAGCAAGACAUUGGUUAGGCUGAAGAUACAGUUUGAGGAUGGUGUCAGCAUUAAGGUGAAACGUGGUGUUUCUCUUCCGAAUCUUAAGACACUACAUCUUGAUUAUUUUCGGAUCGAUACACGUUUGUUUAACAAGCUUCUUUCUGGAUGUCACGCUCUCGAAGAACUAGUGCUGGUUGAUUUGAUGUGGGACGAUCCUUGGGUUAGUGUAGAACCUUUCUCCGUGACCGUGUCUAUCCCAACCCUCAAGAGAAUGAAGUUUUGUCGUUCCAAAAGAUUUGAUGAAGAUAAUGACUACGUGUCACUGUCACUUGAUAAUCCAAAUCUGGUCUAUCUAGAAUAUUCUGAUACUAUUUCUGACAAGUAUCAACAAGUGAGCUUUGGUUCGCUUGUUGAAGCUAGUCUCGGACUUCGAGUGACAUCUGAUCAGAUCUAUAAGCCAUUGUAUAUGACAGACUCUUUUCUGGAAUCCAAGGACAAGAUUAAUGUCACAAAUCUUCUCACCGGAAUAUGCAAUGUCAAGAUCCUCUACUUGUCUAAUGACACUCUUGAGGUACUUGGUGGCUGCCGUGAUACAAUACCGGUAUUCAACAACCUGAUUCGGUUAACUAUUAAGACCGCACCAGAUGUGGGAUGGAAAUCAUUGCCAGCCCUACUCAAGAAUUGUCCACAUCUAGAAACCCUUGUCUUCGAAGGACUACAUCACAAAGUUACAAAUAGAUGUGUCGACGAGGAUGGGUGCUUGUGCAAAUAUCGUAGUGGGCGGGAGACUCGUUCUUGCUUGUCAUCAAGCCCGGUGAAGGUUAUAAAGAUAAUGAAGUUUGGUGAAAUAUAUGAUGAUGAUGAGGAUGACGAGGAUGAGGAUGAGGAUGAGGAUGAGGAGGUUGAUGAUGAUGUUGAUGAGGAUGAGGAUGAGGAUGAAGAUGGUGAAUCUUGUGAUGAAAUUGAUGAAGGCAUAGAAGAGCAGGUAGAACAAGUCAGGAAAUUCAUAGAGACAAUGCCGGAUCUUGAACAAGUUAUACUGUACUACAAUACACCUCAUGAUAAAGAUGUGAUGGAAUUAUUCAAGCAACUUCACCAGCUUCCGGCAGUGGCAUCAGCCCAAUGCACUGUCCAAAUUAUCUCAGAUAACCUCAGCUUAUCUUCUACUUUGUCGAGUACUAAACGGAGGUACUCUUCUUGA